GACCAUAAAUUUAUUUAUUCAAGAUGAGCUCCACGAAGGAAAAACUGGAGGAUCAGGACAGGAUCCAGAAGCGGGUCAACAAGAUCCUGGAGGCUCGUCUGGAGUCGGACAAGGACACUCUGGAUGCCCUCAGCGGGCUGUCCAGCUUCUUUACGGAAAACACCAUCCAAAACCGCAGGAAUCUCCGAAGCCAGAUCGAGCACCGUUCCGUGGGCAUCAAUGAGAACUUUCUGAAGGCUUUCCGUGAGGUAAAGCUGUCGCUGGACGCCGUGUGCGAUGAUCUGGACAAGAUGGCCACGUCAGUGGAGACCAUGAAAUCGGACCUGGAGACCUCAAAGGCCCUGACCAAGGAUCUGAUCGAUCAGACCAAUACUAUGCAACAAGAACGGGACCGGUUGGAGGUCCAUCAGCAAAUAGCCCAGGCCUUUUUGGCGCGCUUUCAGUUGAGUGGGCCGGAACACCAGCUGCUCUACGGCGCUGCCAAGGAUGCGCCAAUAGUCGCCGACUUCUUCAAGGUUCUGGACCGGGUCCAGAGCAUCCACGCCGAUUGCCGGCUGCUGAUGCAGUGUGGCUACCAGACAGCUGCUUUGGACAUCAUGGAGGAGAUGACUUUGCAUCAGGAGGGUGCUCUGGAAAGACUCUAUCGCUGGACCCAGAACCACUGCCGCAGUCUGGAGAACAACGAGAUCGGACCGCUGAUUGUAGAGGCCAUGAGCCGGCUGCAGGAUCGUCCAGUUCUCUUCAAAUACGUAAUCGAUGAGUAUGCCAUUGCCAGAAGAGCUGUUCUAGUGCGCCAAUUCAUUGAGGCUCUCACCGAAGGCGGACCUGGCGGCAAUCCCAAGCCCAUAGAGCUGCAUGCCCAUGAUCCCAAGCGCUACAUUGGAGACAUGUUUGCCUGGCUGCACCAAAGCAUUCCCACGGAAAAGGAGAACCUGUCGUUGCUUUUCAAAAAGUGCGACAAGCAGGAUAUCUCGGACCAGCUUCAAAGCGCCCUGGGCUACAUAGCCGAUGGUGUGUGCCAUCCACUGAAAGUGCGCGUGGAAACCAUCCUCCAGGCUGAAAAGGACACCAUUGUUCUAUUCACCAUUUCGAACUUGCUCCGCUUCUAUCAGCAGAUAAUGCGUCAAGUGGUCCAGGGUGGCAGCCUGGAGGAGUGUCUGGUGGAGCUGCAAAAGAACAGUGAGCAGAUCUACUUGGGCGCCCUGGCAGCUCAGGUGCGUAGCGUUCUGCAGCGGCCGUCGGGAGGAUCUGGCCUGGCCUUGGAACCUCCCCAACGAGAUCUAGUUCCGCCACCAAGUGUGGCACGUUUGCUGAACAUUCUCAAGGAGAUCUUAUCGGUGGCCACAAUGGUGGAUGGCCGGCAGGCGGAUAUUACCAAGAUAGUGAGCUGCGUAAUCGACCCGCUGCUGCAAUCUGUCCAGGAAAGUGCGGCUCAUUUGCCCACCGUGGAUAUGGGGGUGUACCUCCUGAACUGCCUCCAUCACAUGCAGAGCUCGUUGGCGGUUUACGAAUACAUGGACGAGCGCGUGGAACGGCUGCAGGCCCAGUCGGACGCCCAACUAGACACCCUGACCUCUGAGCAGGCCUCCUCGCUGGUGGCCAAUUUGAAUCUGGGCCCCAUCUACGCCAUCCUGCAGAGCAAUCAGUCCAAGAUUGAAACGAACCUGCUGAAAAUAUUCAUGUCCAAGAUGGACGCCUUUCUGGAGCUACCCGACGUGCUGCUCUUGCCGCAGGUGCAGCUCAUCAUGUCGAGCAGUCAUCGGGCCACCGUCCAAAAGCGAUCUUUCAAUGUAAUCGUGGCUAUCUACAAGCAGAUCUACGAUCGAGUUCACGAUCCUGCCAACGGAUUCGAGCACCCCGACCAGUUGCUCCACAGGACGCCAGAGCAAGUGUCUCACAUCUUGACUUCAACUUAAUAUAUAUACCCCAUUCCGAUUCUAAAUAGUCUUAUUUAUCUGUGUAUGUCUAUAAAUCUAUAUAUUUUAAUCAAAA